GCUGUUCAGCUGUAUAAACGGAAAUGGUUAAAAGCGUGGUCUGCCUCUUCUUCUCUCUUCUUCCACCCGUGCGUCACGAUAUAGACCUACAAUCUGGAGGAGCAACUCCUUUGUGCAGACCUAGCUCAAGAUGUCCACCGGAGCUCAUCGUCGUCGCCAGCUUCAUCGGCGGUCUAUUCUUGUGUUUGCAACAGAUCAGCAAUUGGUCCAUAUAAUCACAAUCUGCGUUUCCGCCUUCGGGUUCAUUCCGAUAAUGCACUCGGGUCGUGGUUGUAAUUCUUGCAUUCCUUUUCUGUACUUCCUAAUUGUUAUACCCUUGUCUUCUAUUAAUGUGGAUGCAUGUCCUAUUGGGCCGAGAACGAACACGUCGGAAAAGUUUGCAAGCGUUGCGGGGAAAGAGGAGGGUUCAUCGGCGCAGACCUCAGAGGGGACCAUGAACGAGGAUGAACGAGCAGCGCUGGAUUGUGCCCUUUAUCUUGAGAGGAGUCCGGAUGUCACCGGAGAAUCACCCAAUGACUGGGAUCAGAGUGUUGGGCCUGAUGGAACUCAAGAUAUCGACUCAGCGUCCACGAUCAACACAACUGUCGACCCGACGGAUUCUGCUGUGAACAAGAGCGUAUCGCAUUCCAAUACCAGUACGGGUAUCAGUCCCGAAAAUACUGUUAAUACUAUAUCGACUUCUAUUACAUCAAAUAUAACUCAAACGACGAUUGUUGGCGUAACUACAAAACUGAAUAGGCAUUCAGCUUCGUCAGCAGUCCUUCCUACCGACAUGCCCAUCGUGACUCAGGCAAAAUCUUGGACAACAGCUGACGAGCAUUCUACUGUAAUGCCAACGAGGGGCGGCAUACGGGUAGAUGGAAUAAUUAAUGCAUCGUUCGAAUUGAUUCUACAUUCAGCGGAUGCGGAAAUCUUCAGACCUACUGAGGACCCACCCUCGAGUCCAAAAAGUCCGAUUUCGCUUCCGAGCUUAUUGACUGUGACCAACGAGGCAGGGGGUAGUGUUUUUUACAACUCUGCAUGUGAGGUGGAUGACGACGCUCUCAUGUUAAGACUCCUUGCUGGUCUUGUAACUGCCAUUUUGGUCCUGCAUCUAGUCAAUACAAUGAAAAUAUGGUAUAACGACUGGAAGAAGUCCAAAUACCGUCAUCAAAGUGACAGGGAAUCAUCAUCGUCCAAAUCUAUUCGGGAUCCUUAUAAUGAGGAACUUGCAGAAAUAGUUCAGCCUUUUCAAAAAAUAUCUCGGGCCGUGGAUCUUGCUAUCGAUACCAAUGUUACCAAUACGAGGACGAGGACUAGGGACGCGUCUCUCGUUUCCAAUCCUUCCUUGCCCAUCCACAAAAGCGCCAUAUAUACUCCUUCAAAUCCCGCACACAGCUUAACGAAGCUUCAGAGAUCAUAUGUCCAACGCGCAUCGAGGGGAGUGCAUCCGCCUUCCUACCAAGAACGUGUUGAAAGCUUCGAGACGGUGUAGCAUGUCUUGUUUAGGUUGAACGAGGGAAGACGGAUCAUUACAUGAGACUUACAGUAUCCAGCUACACGAGCAUCCGGUCUCAGGGCGUUCGCAAGAGGGCAAGGUUGAGCUCACGACUUGCUCGCGCCGCUGCUGCUGUAGAUCCCAGCAGAGUCCCUACAAAAACCUAACCACAUUACUA